CCAACAUUCGCACAAAUCCAAAAACACAUUCAAUUCUAAGUUCUAAAAUACAUUCUACAAAAUCAGCCAUGGAAGCUUCCAAUAAUUACACCUUCAAAUCCAUAGCCACUCUUCUCACAGCAAUAAUAAUUGCAAUAACCUCACCCACCAGCGCCGCCAGGCCGGCGGGCGGCGCUGCCAGCACGGAGUUCAUCCGGCGGUCCUGCUCCGGGACGGCGUACCCGAGCCUGUGCUUCAGCUCGCUGUCGAGCCACGCGUCGGCCAUUCAGCAGAACCCUAAACUCCUGGCGGACAUGGCCCUGUCGGUGAGCCUGUCGACGACACGCGCCGCGUCAGCCGACAUCGUGCGGGUGGCGCACGGCGCCGGGAUGAGCCGGCGGGAGGCGAGCGCGAUGCGGGACUGCGUGGAGGAGCUGAGCGACUCGGUGGAGCAGCUGAGGAGAUCCAUGGCGGAGAUGGGUCGGAUCGGCGGGGCCCGGCCGUCGGAUUUCGGGAUGAUGAUGAGCGACGUUCAGACGUGGGUCAGCGCCGCCCUGACCAACGACGACACCUGCGUCGAGGGGUUCGCCGGAAAAACCAGGGCCGCGGUGCGGGGGAGGAUCGUCAAUGUCGUGCACACCACCAGUAAUGCCUUGGCUCUCAUCAAUAGCUAUGCUGCCCUCCAUGGCUAGCUAAUUACCUACAUAUAUAUUUAUAUUUAUAUAUAUAUUUUUUUAAUUUCGUCGAUUUUCAUAUUUAGUGAUAUAUGAGUGUGCAUGGUGAAAUUAAUUACUAUAUAUAUAUAUAUUUAAAGAAUAGAACAAAUAGGCACACAAACAUAGAGAGAUAUAGAUAAGGAUAGAGGAGUGCUUGCUUAAUUGCUAUGUAUAUUUGAAUGUAGUUUUUUUUAGCUAUGUGGGUGAAAAUACAUAUGCAUUUUAAUUUCGAAA